GAGAGAAUAACGUUUUCUUAACACAACUUUAUACUAAAUAAAAAUGCUCUCUGACUUUAGACAAGCAUUUAUUAUGGAACUCACACUAUUAGAUCAGGAUAAUUAUGUAGCCAGAAGCACACCUUAGACGUUUGUGUUCUGUGGUUUCGAGGAAAUUCCCAUGCUACUCACAUGGGAAAUGCUUCAAGAAACAAAAAAUGGGAAAAAUAUAUUGAAUCAACAAGAAAAGUCUGGACAUUGAACAGGUGUGGCAAAUGACCAACAAACGGAUUGUAUGACUAAUACAAGUUAUACAUCCAAGCACCAACAAUCUAGACAAGAGUUGACAAGCCAUCUAAAGCUGUACCAGCUCAUUUCGUGCCCACAUAUAUAUUAGAUAUCUAUGCAGAUUCUUGUUGUCAAUACUUGGAACAUAACAAUGUGAUAAGGUCAGCUAGAUGCACGCAAUGCACUACAAAAUUGUAGAACACGUGGAUUAUUUCGACGGAUCGCUGAAAUAGGUUAGGUAGGAAUUCUGAAGUCAACUCCUCCUAUCUAGCAGGUACAACAAAGAAGCAACAAGGUUGCUUCCUCCUCAUUUUGCUUCAUGCUGCCACCUGUUUUGAUCCAUGAACAAACUGCAUCUCGUGCAGAUGACUUUGCUGCAAAUAAUGGAGACAUGACAGCGGAUAGCCUCAUAUGCUCAACGAAAGAUCAUUCCAGCAGUAAGGAAGAAACAAAAUAUAAUCAACUUUUUUGGAGAAAUUCAGUACCAACAAGGUUUUGCUUAUGUACAAUGUCACUAUAUAAAUAUAUAUUUACAUUGGAGAUUUUUUGGAGAUGAUUUACGGCACGCUUUUGCAAAAGUAAAAGAUCAUUAGAACAGGAAAAGCACAUUGCAAAUUCGUCGGUACAAUUACUUAAUAUGAAAUUGACAUACAAAACCCAAAAAGAAGGGGACAAUAUGUUGAACGAACAACAAGCAGACUAUCCUUGUACAGUGGAUCUUGCUCAAAGCCACCUAAACAUGCCAGCACCAAACAUCAAGGUUUGACAUUGUAAUUAGAACAGCUUUGCACCGACGAUGCAAGCAAAAACACAUAGAUAAAGCUAUGCAUGUGCUUGCACCAGGAUCCAGCAUUAUUAUAAACCACCAAGAAGAUUCUUGCUGUUCAUCACUGAAACAUGACAACGUGACAUCUCACCGGGAAGAUAGCCAGCGCACCAGUGUAACACGCUAAGAGUUAGACAGCUAUAAUGUUUUAAUCACUACGCUGCUCCCAGAUCAAGAACCUUGAUCGGCAGCAUCUGGAAUACAAAAUUUCAUGAUUCCCUUUGUCUACCAUUGAAACUAUGCUGCAUCACAUCCAUCCUCUGUAUAUAUAGGUCUCAAGACAAGACUAUACACAUCAAGACAACACUUGCUCUUUCCUCCUAAAGUCCUCACUCCUUCCAACUCAAUACAGAGAUUAGUUUCCGAAGCAGAUAUGGCUUUUGCUCUAAGAUCAAUAAGCUUGCCUUCAAGGCAUCACACCACUGAGGCGGAAGUACAAGAAGAUCUGCACAGCCUAGAGACAAGUGUCUCUUCAUCCAUCACCAUCGAGACGAUGUGCGAUGGCCUGCGGAGGCUUGGAGACAUCUACGGUGCUGUUGAGGAGAUCAUCCAGUUGCCAAGCAACCAAGUCUGUUCCUCCCAGCAGAGGAAGAUAUUGGAUGGAGAGACGGAAUAUUCUCUCGAGCUUCUGGAUCUCUGCAACAACAUGCAAGAGAUCUUCGUUGAGCUCAAGGCCAUUAUCCAAGAGCUGCAAGUGGCUCUAAGAAAAGGAGAUGAUGCAACCAUCCAAGCCAAGAUCCAGUCUUACAUCAGACUGGUGAAGAAGGCUGGUAAACAAUUCAAGAAGACUACCAGGAAGGCGACUUCGGACAAGAUGGAUAGCGGAAUGGUCAGUCUAUUGAUCAACGCAAGGGAGAUGACUAUCUCUCUACUUGAGUCCGUGGUGCACCUUUUGUCGAAGCAAAUCGAAGUGCCUAAACAGUCCCUAGUUUCCAAGGCAUUUCACAAGAAAAAAGCUGUUGUUUGUGAGGAGCAAUUGCAGGACUUAGAGUGCAGUAUCAGGGAUCUUGAGAGUGGAGCAGGGCACCUGUUCCGGAAAUUAAUCCAGAGCAGAGUUUCCCUCCUAAACAUACUUAGCUCAUAGAUCUCCAGGAG